CACAAGUUCUAUAUUUCUACACAUAAUUUUUACACGACCGUUUCAAUAAAUUUGUCAAGGGUUACGCACUAAAGCGGUCAGUUUCCGCAACAGUUGCCAUAGCAACUCAUUCAAAACAAAAUUGUCAAAUAUCACAAAAUUUUACACCGACACAAGUAAUGACAUACAUUUUCAACAAUAGCCCCUAAGAAAUUAUGCCCCGUAUCAUCUAACUCCAUGUCGUUAUAAGUAACCCAUAUGUUCCUGAGGUAUGCUCGUAAAGAAGCUUUGAGAAGGAUGGAUUUUGGAUUUGGAGAUUUUCUGUACCCCAAUGUGGGAGGGUUGAGGCAGUACUUUCAGGAUCCAUUCGGUCCAUCAUCUGGCUUCCACCAAAUGGCUAGAAUGAUGGACCGGAUGAUGGUGGAGAGUUUACAGCCAUUUGGUUUCGCUCGGAUGUCGACCAGACGGAAUGGAGACAAUAAUGAGCCUCCCAGGGACGGUCUGAGAACUGAGAGGAGCGAUGCAAGAAGAGAAAGAGCCAAGAACCCUAAUAACACACAUUCGACAAAUGGCACGAGACAUCCGCCAACACAAGUUGUUAGACCAACUCCCGUUAACAAUUUCCAAGAGACACCACUCGACCAAGCCAAACAGACAGAUCCAACUACAGAGAAAUGGGCGGGAACAUUACGCCGUAGGGAUCCCGACAUCCAACCAGUUCUUCCAUCCAUCAUCACCAGAAAGACAUCAUCCACAACAUCAACAGUAGGCAGCGGCAGGAAAUGUCGAUCAGUAGAACGAAUGCCCAGACAUAGAUCAAGAAAUAUAGUACCAAUUAAACCUACAAUGAGAAAAAAUGAUGUUCCAACAGAGGGGAUCGAUCUGACCAUAGAGGAAAAGAACGAAAAGGUUUUUGAUUCCACUGGAUAUGAGCUACAUCUCGUCGAAACUCUGGAGAGGGAUAUUCUGCAGAAGAAUCCAGAUGUUCGCUGGAAGGAUGUCGUGGGAUUGGAAGAUGCUAAAGCAGUUUUGCAGGAGGCAGUUGUUCUUCCGCUCGUAAUGCCUGAUUACUUCAAGGGAAUUCGAAGACCCUGGAAAGGCGUAUUGCUAACUGGUCCCCCGGGCACAGGGAAGACGCUGCUAGCCAGGGCCGUCGCCACAGAGUGUAGAACGACUUUCUUCAACGUUUCUUCAGCUACCCUCACGUCGAAAUACAGGGGAGAUUCCGAGAAGCUGGUCCGGUUACUGUUCGACAUGGCUUCAUUCUACGCCCCAAGCACGAUAUUCAUCGACGAAGUGGAUUCUCUAUGUGCGAUGAGAGGCGCCGACUCCGAACACGAGGCAUCGCGGCGGUUCAAAGCGGAACUGCUCAUACAGAUGGAUGGACUGGCAGCUGCUUUUAAUCAAGAUAAGAUCAUCAUGGUCUUAGCGGCGACUAAUCAUCCGUGGGACAUUGACGAAGCGUUUAGGAGAAGAUUCGAGAAGAGGAUUUAUAUUGGUUUGCCGGACGAGGGAAUCCGGGAAAAGCUGCUCAAGCUAUGUCUUCGUGAGGUGGUAUUGGCCACUGAUGUGGAUCUGGUGGAUUUGGCUUCCAAACUGGACGGCUACAGCGGUUCAGAUAUCUGUAAUCUUUGCCGAGACGCAUCAAUGAUGACGAUGCGGCGGAAGAUAGCCGGCAAAACUCCAGAGCAGAUCCGUAAGCUAAAACGAUCAGAAUUGGAGGCACCAGUCACCAAGAGCGACCUUGAAGCAGCGGCGGAGAAGACCAGAAGGACUGUGACCCCAGCCGAUGUUGCCCGAUACACGAAUUGGAUGCAGAAACAUGGCUGCUCCUAGCGACGAGCUAAAGCGCUUCGAGCGCUGUUGCGGAGGCUGCGAAACUCCCAAUAAGCAACACCAGAAACUGCCGAAGAUCAUGGUUGAUAAAUGCGUUGGCACACGUAGCUUUAAAAAGCGCUCGAAAAGCAAAAGGAGGUAAUUUAGGCACGAAUUGGGCGGGUAGUUGAAAGAAUUUUUGAAAUUUGAAACGUUCUGGAAUGUUCUGAAGAAGUUUGGUUUUCUUUAGAAGACUAGAUUGCUGCUCCAAAGGUCCCCCAAUUUGGCAAAAGGAUUAUGCGAUUUCAGACAACUGUGAUUUACAUAAACAGUGUUUGAAGUAAUAUUUAGGUACCCGUGCAUUUGAUAUGAUUCGGUGAUGGUGUUGCUAUUUCGAAAGGACGAAACAAAAAUUUUGGUGUACAUUUUGUAUUUAAAUAUUAUAUAUUGAGUUUCGUAAGUUUUACUCUGUUUGUGUUAAAUCCGCAACUGACAAGGUGAGAUUGACCAUGUUUAUGUAUUUUUAACAUUAAAUACUCCUUUUGGAUAAGAAACUAUAUAAAGCCAUAAAAGAUACCUAUAAGGUAUCGUUUUAUAGAAUUAGCGUUACCUAAGAAAU